UUAUUUAGAGUAUCUACCUGUUUGUGUGUUAAGUUACCUGUUUGUGUGUUAAGUUCCCCAUUUGGCAUUAGCGCAGCUGAAGAUAACACUGGGAGAGCAGGUGAUUCUAAGGUCAGCAAGUAGAGAUCAGUGCUCAAGCAAAAUUCACCCCAAACCAAAGACUGGAGAUCUGAAGCUGCGUGUGGGAGCAUCAGCGCGCGGAAGAUGGGGGAAGGCGUACCAAUUGGGCUAGCGCAUCAAAGCCCCCUAAUCAACGCAACCAUAGAUGCCAGUGUGUGUGGAAGAGAUGCGCUCACCGACAGUUAUGGUUGGUUUGUGCAGGCGCUACUGGCUUCGCUCGCCUUUGGCCUUUUGAUAUUAAAGAGAUUCUGCGAGCCUAAAAAGCACAGAAGAUCAUGGCUGGUCUGGUUCUACGACACCUCCAAGCAGGCUGGAGCCAUGAUCGUCCACUUCUGCAACGUCUUCUUGUCUGAGGCUUUCAAAGGCGACCCGUGUACUUGGUAUAUCAUCAGCUUUCUUCUGGACUCCACGCUAGGCUUAGUCAUCAUCUGGGCUGGAAUCAGACUGAGUAUCCACAUCGGGCAGACAAGGGGCAUGCCGACACUCAUCUUCGGAGAAUAUGGUCGGCCUCCAUCCAUCCGGGCAUGGGGUCACCAGUGCGCGCUGUAUGUGGGCAUCAUGGUGGUGGAGAAAGUGCUCAUUACUGGCCUUUUAGCCUUCCAAUUCUGGUCCAGUGUCAGGGAUCUCAUCCUGGCCCCCAUAACCGAUCCUCAAGUUCGUGUGGCGGUGGUCGUGCUAGUCAUUCCAUUCUUUGUUAAUGCGCUUAUCUUCUGGGUAACAGACAACUUCUUGAUGCUGAAGGUGCGACAAAUACACAAUGAUAAUGUAGAGAGUGGAUACAGUGAGGUCUCUACAUCCGGCUCAGCUAGGGGAUUCUCAAAGGUCCGUUAUAAGAGACAUGAUGUGCAGCAAGAAGACGAGUCAGACAUCCUCUUGUCGUCGUCUUCAAAUGACGAUGAACUUCUCGGUAGAAACGAAAACCUUCAGGAACGUCACGUCAGCCGCACCCUGACAUAACUGUGGUGUAACUAAGGCCUUAAAGAUGUUGUAGUUA